AUGCAUCUUUCUCCCUGUGCCCGCGGAGAAGCGCCGCCCGCCCCCGAGCCGAGCUACAGCGUGCAGAGGACCCGGAAGGAGCCGGGCGCGCGGGGCCUGGGAGCCGGGCUCCCCAAGGAGGAGCGCGGAGUGAAGCCGGGCGCCGCGCGGGGGCUCGACUUGGGCGCAUCCCCGCCGCGCGGGCUCCCGCUCCUGGCCGCGCUGCUGCUGCUGCUAUGGACGCGGGCGGCCAGCGGCCAGAGCAGCCCCCAGCAGAGCGUGAUCCUGGGCAUGAGGCUGGCGAGCUGCAACAAGUCGUGCGGGAUGAACCCGGAUGGCGUCAUCUUCGUGUCCGAGGGCAGCACGGUGAACUUGAGGCUCUACGGCCACAGCUUGGGCGAGAUCUCCAGCAACCUGAUCUCCUUCACCGAGGUGGACGACGCCGAGACGGUCCACAACUCCACCAACUGCCUGGAGCUCACCAAGGACUUAGUGGUCCAGCGGCUGGUCAACGUGAGCCGCGGGAACACGUCGGGGAUGCUAGUGGUGCUCACCAAGUUCCUGCGGAGGAGCGAGAACAUGAAGCUGUACGCGCUGUGCACCCGGGCCCGGGCGGACGGGCCCUGGCUCAAAUGGACGGACAAGGACUCCCUGCUCUUCAUGGUGGAGGAGCAUGGGAGGUUUCUGCCACUCUGGCUGCACAUCCUUCUCGUUUUGGUGCUGUUAGUGCUGUCGGGCAUAUUUUCUGGCCUCAACCUGGGGCUUAUGGCCCUGGACCCGAUGGAGCUGCGCAUCGUGCAGAACUGUGGAACUGAAAAGGAGAGAAGGUACGCCCGCAAGAUAGAGCCCAUCCGGCGCAAGGGCAACUACUUGCUCUGUUCGCUGCUCCUGGGGAAUGUGCUAGUCAACACCUCCCUCACCAUCCUUCUAGACAACCUCAUCGGGUCUGGCAUCAUGGCAGUGGCCUCCUCCACCAUUGGCAUUGUUAUCUUCGGGGAGAUCUUACCUCAAGCCCUGUGCUCCCGACACGGGCUGGCUGUGGGUGCCAACACUAUUGUUCUCACCAAAAUCUUUAUGCUGCUCACCUUUCCUCUGAGUUUCCCCAUUAGCAAACUCCUGGACUUCGCCUUGGGUCAGGAGAUUCGCACUGUUUACAAUCGGGAGAAGCUGAUGGAGAUGUUGAAGGUGACAGAACCCUACAAUGACCUGGUGAAGGAGGAAUUAAAUAUGAUCCAGGGCGCCCUGGAACUAAGGACCAAAACUGUGGAGGAUAUCAUGACCCAGCUCCACGACUGCUACAUGAUCCGCAGUGAUGCCAUCCUGGACUUCAACACCAUGUCGGAGAUAAUGGACAGUGGCUAUACUCGCAUUCCCGUGUUUGAAGAUGAGCAAUCCAAUAUCGUAGAUAUCCUUUAUAUCAAAGACCUGGCUUUCGUGGACCCCGAUGACUGCACUCCGCUCAAGACUAUCACUCGUUUCUACAACCACCCAGUUCAUUUUGUUUUCCAUGACACCAAGCUGGAUGCCAUGCUGGAGGAAUUCAAGAAGGGGAAGUCGCACCUGGCCAUUGUUCAGAAGGUGAACAACGAAGGUGAUUGUGACCCCUUCUACGAGGUGCUGGGCUUGGUCACGCUGGAGGACGUCAUCGAGGAGAUCAUCAAGUCUGAGAUCCUGGAUGAGUCGGACAUGUACACUGACAAUCGAACCCGGAAACGGGUGUCUAUGAAGAACAAACGUGACUUCUCUGCCUUCAAGGAUGCUGACAAUGAACUCAAAGUGAAAAUCUCACCUCAGCUUCUUCUGGCUGCUCAUCGCUUCCUGGCUACAGAGGUGCCCCAGUUCAGCCCCACUCUGAUAUCAGAGAAGAUCCUGCUCCGGCUGCUCAAAUACCCGGAUGUCAUUCAGGAACUCAAGUUUGAUGAGCAUAACAAGCACUACUGCCGCCAUUACCUGUACACCCGGAACAAGGCGGCCGACUACUUCAUCCUCAUCCUGCAGGGGAAGGUGGAAGUAGAAGCAGGCAAGGAGAACAUGAAGUUCGAGACGGGCGCCUUCUCGUACUACGGGACCAUGGCCCUAUCCAUGCCAGCCUCGGCGCCUCCUGUACAGCCUGGGUGUUCCCCUGGCAAGCUGAACUCCCUGCUCUCUUGGCUCUCAGACCGGUCCCCAGCCCACCCAACUCCACUCAGCCGCUCGGCCUCCCUCAGUUACCCAGACCGCAACGUAGACAUGACGCCCUCCUCAUCCCUGGCAGGCAGCAACCAGUUUGGCAGCUGCAUUCUGGGCCAGUAUGUGUCCGACUUCAGUGUCCGCGCGCUCACGGACCUGCAGUACGUCAAGAUCACCAGGCAGCAGUACCAGAACGGGCUGCUGGCCUCCCGCAUGGACAACAGCCCUCAGCUCGCCUUGGACAGCUGUGCCACCUGCUCGGAGAACUUUACCGAGAAGUCGGAGCUGCCUGUGGUGGAUGAGACCACGACGCUCCUCAAUGAACGCAACUCUUUGCUGCACAGAGCCUCCCAGGACGGUGCCAUCUGACAGGAGGGCCCGGGGACUCCUGCCUGCCCUGCGGGGGUCUCCCCAGUGGGCCCACAUGACGUCGGGGAGCCUGUGAGGCUAGAAGGGGUGCAGGUGGAUAUCCUGCAUGACUGAGCAACUGGACAUCCCUCCCAGGGGAUCGAUCUGGCUGCAGAUGGGGACCUCUUAACAGCUCUGACAUGAUGCCUGCCCAGCCCAGCUAGUGAGCAAAGGCUGUUUUUGUCAUUUUUUUUUUUUUUUAAACACUGAGAGAAUUUUUAAGCUAGGCUCAUUGCUCCUCUUUUUAAAUAUCAUUUUGGGAAGGGAAGACAGGGUUAAGGAACUUUAUGUAAAAAAAAAAAAAAAUUUUUUUUUUCAAGAAACCCAAAGGGGAGGAGGGUUCCUCACUCCAGGAAGCAACAGCCAUAACCUGUUCCUGGCCAAGACCUUUCAGCCUGUGUCUGUCGCUCUAGGAACCACUCUUCUUCAGCAGUGGGGGCCUGGAGCCCACAGGAGGGGGCUCCGGGGAGGUAGACGGUUGUACCUAGGAAGCAGGGAUCUAAAUGAUACUGACAUCCACUGCUAGGACACACGCACUGAGACCACUGAGGCUGAGAGGCGCUGGGGAGCUGUUCAGGGACACGAUGACCCACCCCGGCAACAGAGAGGACUACAUCUGCUCCAGGAUCCGGUGAUCUCCUAGGACUCCGUCCCCAGGCUCUGCUGCUGAGUCAGGACUCAGCCGAGAACCACCCCCUGGCUCUCCUCUAUCCCUUUGGACAAUUUCCUCCUGCUAGGGUCUGGCUCCAAGAGUUAGGCGUGGUCUUUGGCUCUACAGUUGCUUAUCUGCUUCUUGGCCAUGCGCUCCGUUUUACCAAAGGUCCCCCCCUCAGAGGGGGCAGCACCUACGUUAGAGGUGACUUGUCGGAUACUCCUUCUGGUUCCAGGGCUGAAUCUGACUGUAGGUAUCUGUGUCAACAGUGACUACUGUACCACCCACAGCAGCAAGAAGAGUCAGGGUCCGGAAGUUCACCCAGGAAGACUUCUUCCCCAGCUCCCCAUUCUUAUCUCCAUACUCAUCCCUCUAGGGACUGGGGACAGGACAUGUUGGAAGCCACCCAAGUUGGGUCAUCACACCCUUGCCUGUGUAGCUGGCUGAGGGUCACCUGACCUCUUUUGCCCACUUAAGGACCCCCAGGAAAGAAGGGUUUCGCCUAAUGUAUUCACUCCUUUCCUCAGCCCGUGGAGUCCUGUCACCCCAAGUACUCUGCUGUCUAUGUACCCAGAGAAUCCCACCUCCUAGGGGUGUCUUGUACCCCUGGCCAGGCUGAGGUCUCCUCCACUCACAGAAUUUACUCCUAGAAGCCCAGAGAAGACGGUGAUUUUCAACUAUAAGGGAAAAAGACACCAGACCUCCAGGCCCUUAAGAAACCCUUAGUUUUCUGUAGGUGCAGCAUGCUCCCGAGUGCCUAGAGGAGCUGCCAGCUGUGUUCCUGAGAGACCCAAGUGCCAGGUAGAGCAAAACCACGUGGUGGGUGUGAAGCAACAGUAGCAGGUGCACACACUUCCACAGCUACCUCUCUGCAUACACAGUCACCACCAACAGACAGGCCCCUCCCCUCCCAGCCCGCCCCCCCUCCCCCCAUUUAGAAUCACUUCUUGCAGAGGGUCAUAAUUAUUUCCAAAUAUUACUGGUCUGAUGACUUCCUCCUCCCAGUGCAAUUUUUUCACUUCCUCUUCCAACCUCUGGUUCCUGGGCUGAGCCAUACCCUGGAACUGGCCUGGUCCGUAUGUCUUCCCAGGUAAGGAAGACUUCGCAGGUGGCAUCCAAGUGGGUAGGCAAGUCACAGUCGCCGUAGCAAAUGACUCCUAUUUAUUUUGCAUUAAGAUUUUAAUUUGUAUAUUUUUGUGAUUUAUUUUGGCAUUGUUAUGAGUUUGACUCUCGGGGAGUUUUGUUGUUAUGACUCUUGUGUCUUUUGUCACAAAACAAUGAUAAUAUUUGCUAAACAAUAUAUGGAAUUUAUUUUUGAUUGGUAAUAAAAAAUGAAAUGCA